AUGGCGGCCGAAAACGACGAACAUAUCGAAACAAUUCUCAACCUCUUCGAUUCUUUCUGGUUUGAACAUGAAAUCCUCACCUUAAAAUCAUCAAACUCCCAAGAAACAAUCGUUGAAGAGCCUGCGGCGGCUAAUAAUCUUUGCAGAACUCCGACGUUGAUGGUGAGAUCGUUGAGCGAGCAGUGUUUGAGCAGCAAAGAGAGGUUAGAAUCACAAUCACAGACCCAUUCUCCCAAAUCUGUUCUUUCCGGGUCGCCCAAACUCCACCCGGUUCUCUCCGGCAAAGAAUACCUAGAAUUCCCCGAAUCAAACGUAAGAAACGACACCGUUUCACCGGGUUUUAGCCGGAGGAGGAAGACUCGGAGUUUAUCGGAGCUUGAAUUUGAGGAGGUGAAGGGGUUUAUGGAUCUAGGGUUUGUGUUCUCGGAUGAGGAUAAGGAUUCAACCCUGGGUUCGAUUAUUCCUGGAUUGCAGAGACUGGGAGUUAGAGAAGGUGGAGAUGAUGAUGAUAAAGGGGGUGCGAUGGUCUCGAGGCCUUACCUUUCUGAAGCUUGGAGUGUUAUGGAAGAGGAGAGGAAGCCAUUGAUGAAGACUUGGAGAAUCCCAGCAUUUGGAAGUAGUGAAAUGGAAAUCAAAGAUCAGCUCAGGUGUUGGGCACACAAAGUUGCUUCCAAUGUCGUUAUAUAA